AUGAGAACCUCCCACCGCCGCGCCGUCCCCGUGACAAACACCCGCACCAAGCCCUCCUUCUUCUCACGCAUCACCGGCCGCCGCGCCGCACCUCGCGGUACUACUACCACUACCACGACCACCACUACUCGCCGCACCCACCGCGGUGGUGCUGCGGCCCCAGUGCACCAGCAGAGACGCCGCCCUAGUAUUGGUGAUAAGAUCUCUGGCGCGCUGAUGAAGUUGAGGGGUAGCUUGACGAGACGCCCAGGAAUGAAGGCUGCCGGGACAAGGAGAAUGAGAGGCACUGAUGGAAGAGGGAGCCAUGUGGGGACUACGAGGACUACGAGACGGUACUAG